UUACCCACUGAAGUCGCGCUGAAAUUUGGUUGCCCACAUCGAAUCCAGUUGUAUUGUGCUCAUGUUUAUACUCUCAUGACAGAUACUGGUUAAAAAAUACGAUUCAAUCGAUUCGGUACGUUAUGUGGUCUAGUGAAACUCAGUUGGAGCUUAAAAAUGCGGUGCAUAUCGAUAUGGAUCAAUAUGAGCACCGAGAGGAGGAGCAUUCAUCGCAGGCGAAAACAGUACUAUCGAGCAUUGGAGGAUUCCUGAAAGAUGGGUUAUUUGCGUGGAUGGCGAGAGGGUCUCAGCUUGAAGUUCUGUGUGCCAAAACUGGCGAGAAGCUGCUGUCAUACAACUUCGAGUGCGAUUCAAAAAUGAGGUACUGCACGAUCUGCAGCGUACAGGAAGUACCGGUUGAAGAUAUCAGCUCCUGUAUGAUUGCUGUCGGGAUACAGCUAGAAAAAGAUAUGAGCACAAUUAUUGUUCUAACAGUGCAAGGCAAUCGAGUACUAGGGCGUAUUGAUAUUCACGAGAAAAUAUCAUGUCUCCAGUUUAUAAAUAAGCUAUCCUACAGUAGAGGAAAACUAGCGAAAUUCGAUGGAUGUUUAGCUAUGGGAACAGCAUCUGGAAAAAUAGUGCUAAUAGAUGCGUGUCUAAAUUUUGAAGAGAACCCUAUAUUCGGACGUCGUUUGGCAAUGAACAGACCAGAGAAAAGUCAGUGUCAUAUUGAGUGUGCCGAAGUUGGUGGAGAGCGCGAACUUCAGAAUCAUGAACUCAUUCGAGAUCGAGGAAUAUAUUUCGGUGUGCAGUUGGAAACAACUGAAAACGAUGAGAGUUCUGUCGUUUCAUUGCUUGAUCUCCCCGCUCUUAUGGCAAUUGCUGUUGGAUAUGCCGAUGGCCGAAUGGUUCUUUACAAUCUUCUCGAUUUGCGUAUAAUUCACGUUUUUCAUCCGCCUAUAGAGAACACUCCUAUAAUAGGUAUGGAUUUCGUUGAGCCUGCUGAUGAUCCAAAGGCAUGCGUUUACAUUUGGACGUUCCAUGCUGGAGAGGAGGGAGCGUUUGCAAUUAUGCAUACUUUAAUGUAUGAAGAAAAAUUUGCUGAGAAGAAUGAAUAUGUAUACGAAAGAUUUAUAUCAUGCAGUCCGCGUCUAAAUGUUCCGUGUUACGAUAAAGGGAGCUUCCCUUUGGGUGUGCAGUCGAUUAUGAAAACAGUGAGUCAAGAAGAGGAGAUUCUGACAUUGUCUGUUUUAAGUUGGAUUGCUUCGGAUCAUUCUACCUACAUCUUAGUUUUCGAUUUAAACCAAUGGUAUAAAGCAGAGAUGCCAUUUACGUGUGAUUGGAGGAAGGAGCUAAACCACACGGUUGUGUUCAAUAUUAAAGAUACUGCAAUGAUGACACGUCUUACGGCGGAUUCCUUAAUACCGUUCAAUUCCAUUCAUCGACCGGAAGAGCAUUUUUAUCCAAAUUCGUUAACUUUUGAUAUAUUUGUGUUGAAAAACGAUAUAUGUGCUCAGUAUCACUGGAUUGGAUUACAGAACAAGAUCUUGGAACAUUUCGAACGAAGCGGAUCAUCUUGCAUAUUGGAACCAUGUCAGCUCUAUAAUGUUAUGUUGCAAGCCUCUUUAAUACCACAAUUCAUCGAUUACAAUUACUCCAUAGAGGCACCAUUGGAAAUAAAACGAGAGUUUUUACUUUCGGUUGCACUGGAAUACAACUCCUAUUCUCUACUACGCAAAUGUGCCGUCAACUGGGCAGAUGGAAGUCACCUGGGGCAGGAACCAAACGACGGAGUUUCUUUGUCUACCCUAACGGAUUGGAUAUGGAAUCGUGCGAAAGCAUUGAAGGAAUUAACGAACACAAUUUGUGUGUCAUUAUUUGAUUUAUCAGGACGCCGAAUUGACUAUGGAACACAAAAAACCUUACUUCACUGCUCCCGGCAGCUAAGGUUGCUUUCUAAUCUCUAUGAUGUGUUACUCGUUCAGUGCAGACAAUAUAUUCCAAACAAAGUUUUCAUAAGUCUCACAAGUCAGCAAAAAUCAAUUCAACACGCUGCGGAUUAUCAAGAGGUUGUACAAUGGCUGUUGAACGUCGGAUUAUUGCCGGAAGGAAACAUAGAUGGAAUUAACCUAUCGGAAGAAUUCUUAUUAGUGCCGUUCCCUUAUCAAGCCAUCUGUUCAUACUAUGUUUCGCAGAGGGAAACACUCAGCGAUGGAAAAUUGAAGCACGGCAAUUCAUCAAGUCCUGCCAAACAAAGCUGCAAAUAUUUAUUUAUCGAUAAUUUCAUUGAGCACGAGUUUUCCACCGACUCACUAAGAAAUAUUUGGAGUGAAAGCAGUGCUCCCGGAUUGUAUCCACCCAACUCGAUGCAAAAUUUAUUAAGAGCAUUGCUCAUACAGGAUGUUAGUACCGAGGCAAAAUAUAUUCUGCUGUGUUAUACGUUCAUGGAUAUUACGGCAGUGCUUGGCGAGGGAAGAUAUGGUGGUAUAGUGCAAAACCUGAUAAAGUUUCCUACAGUCUUCAAACUAAAUUCAGCAACUAUAAAGCGCACACAGGGAUUCUGGUUUCUUGAUCAUGGACAUAUAGACAAUGCACUUGAGGAACUACUCUCUCCUCUAUCACAAAGCGAGCAAAUUCCCGAUUGGCAAAGAGAUUUCCUUAUUUCGACACUGCUAAAAUGUGAUGCGCCGCAUCUAGCGUUACGCGCUUUAAGAGCCCCUGGGAUGCCAAUAUCACCAUUCUUGGAGCUGAGAACGUUAUUGGAGAACAAUCUGAUUGCCGAAGCAUUCAAACUGCAACGUUCGAAACAGGAUUCCAAUCUACUCAGGUGCUUUUUCGAAGGAACACUGAGGGCAGCGAAGCAUGAUGUUUUGCUGGAUUUGGCCCUGUCAGAUGAAGAAACGAAAAAUCUUCGGCAAUAUUUAACGAAAGCCAGUGGUCCCUUGGCCGACAAUGUGCAUUUUGUUCAUUUGUUGCAAAAACUCGAUUUCGUCGAAGCUGUGCGUAUGGUGGACAAACUGGUAAGAAAUCAUUCAACCGAAUUCAGCUUGGAGGCACCCAAAGAAGCGUUAACUCUGUAUCACGCCGCGUUGGAACCAACAACCCAACAUUUGUCCUAUUUGGCUUACGCUGAAAAGAAAGAAGAAAAACGCCCAAAAGCUGCCACUGUCGAACCGUUGAGCUUACGUUUGAUCCGAGGAAGAGCGGAUUCUCGUGAUCGAUUGUUUCACAAUUCAAUUAAAGCUAUUAAAGAAGCUGCUGAACCGAUGGAACAUGACCAACCAUUUAUUGAAAAACCAGAACUCGGAAUUUUUCAAUUUAGAACCCGAACUAAGAGCAGUCAUAUAUGCUAUCCGGUAAAAUUGGAUGCGAAAGUCACUAAACGAAAAUUGGAUAACGAUACUUGCACAAAAGAGGUGACUGAAUUUUCUGUGGAUCAGGAAAACCCCAAAAAGCGCAGACGCAUUGAAAACGAUAAUUUAUACACGACAUCAUUCGUGGUUCCGAAAAAUGUCCUCACCGAAUUCAAACCAAUGAAACCUAGCUACAACUUCAGUUCUAGGAUGUCAGAGAACACAACCGAAAAAUCCCUAAGUAGAUCGCCAUCCGCUCAGCUCACAACCCCAGUGGUGAGAAAAAUACACACCUACAGCCCACCUUCGCCGGAAAGUGUAAGCUCAUAUACGCCCCAUGGGAUACUUAAAUCGGCUGCGUCUGUUCAAAGUUUUGUAAAUCGGAAGAGUGUCUCUCCAACACCCGGUAGUAUGCCCGGUUACCGCUCAAGCGAGGCUGAAGAGAAAAUACUACGGUUUGAUUUGCCAGAAUCACCUCUUGUUGCGAAAUCUCCGUUGCAAAGAGAGAUUCAAUCCCAGACGCCGAACAGUUCCUUUGUUUCGAAUGACGAAUUUUUCUCACCCGAAACGUCAAUGGGAGCCUUAGAUGAUGAGUCCUGUCUAGAUAUGAAGGAAAUUGUAUCCGGUGGACCGAAACGAAGGCGUUCAAUCCACAGCCGCUCGAGAUCGAUCACUCCUGUAGAGAAUAAUAUCGCAAUAAUAAUUGAAGACGUCGAGGACGAUUCUUCGAACAACAAGCAGCAAGAAAAUGUGAUUGAAAAUGAAGCAAUGGAUCUGGUUGAAUCAUUUACUACCGAACAGCAACCAUCUGUUGUUCAGUUGCCUACUACGGGGAAAAAUACAAGAAAACCGCUUGGGCGGUUAGUUCUUGAAGCAAAUGCGCGUAAAGCCAUUGAGGCUCACUCUACAAGUAUAGUGGAGAGCAGUGGAGCACUCGAGAGCUCUGAAUUACUGUUGAAGUGUGAUGACAAGCCCGAAACAUACGGUACGUGCACCACUUUUGAAAAUGAUUCGGACGAGGAACUUGAAAUUUCGAAGUUAGUGUACAAAGAAGACUGCGAUGACAUCGGCAUGGACGACGCUGAACAGAUAGUGAUCGAUGAAUCCGAUUCAGACAAGUCAGAUCAUGAGAACGUAACGAAAACAGCUACUGGGAGCGGUUCCGACCAAGAUCGAGAUGUCAUCAACAUAUCCAGCAGCUCGGAAGAUAUGAACGAUGCACAUAGCGCUGAUGAAGACAUUAUGCAAACCUCUCAAGAAAAUACGGGCCCGCGUUCUGAGUUGAAUUCGAAUUGUGACGAGGAAAAUGUAUUAAUGGUAGAUAACGAAACUUCCCAGGAACCAGAGUUAGCGACGCAAAAAUCUCACGAUGAAACACUUGAUGAACAAGUAACUACUUCAACUUCAUCAAUAUCAAAUGAAAAUAAAACAGUCGAAAGAGAACAACAUUCGCGAGGGAGAAUGCUUGCUCAAGAAGCAAGGAACAAAGGCAGUAAAGAUCCCCAGGCUGAAGAUUUAUCGGUACAACAGGAUUCAGUUGACGAAAAUGAACAUGGUCAGGCCACAGAAAAACCAUCAACAAGUGGAGCUAGAGAUUUGUCAAUGAUUGGAAAUGAGCGAUCCGAACAACAAUCUUCGAAUUCAGAAAUGCAGGUGUCUUCACCAAGCAGAGAAAAAGCAUUCAAAUUGAAACAAGAGAAACAAUUUCUUGGCAAUCCAAAGAAUGCACAUGAAGUGGACGUUCCGGCUAUGAAUCUUUCGGUAAAACCAGACGAAGCACAUGGAGCCAACAGAAAAAAUAGCAAAAGCGAUGAGAGUGAUGACUCUGCAGUUCUCAAUUUAUCUACUGUUCAAACUGCUGAUCCAGUGCAAGUUGUAGAACCGGCACAUAAACCGAUAAUACCUGAACAUGAGCACUGCCAUGAACUCACAGCGGACGAUAAUAGUGCUGGUACGCAUAAGCAGGAAAUACCACCUGAACUUUGUUCUGAAGAAGAUGUCGGGGGUACAACUUCAGAAACAGAAAGACCCAACCAACCAACGGAAGACAAUUCCAAAACUAAAAGAACCAUCCUUACUAAAGCAUUAAGAACCGAUUCUGGUGAAUCUACAGAAUCUCCUCAUACACCUAGAAAAACAAGACGGUUAUCGAGUGAUAGUCGGGAAGCUUCAAUUAGUACACCUAAAAGUAACAUUAAAACAAGACGCAUGUCUGCCAUGGAGAGAAUAGAUGAAGUAGACACCACUCCUACAAAACGAACCACUAGGGCUUCUUCUGUUGCGCCAGAUGGGGAAUCUCCAAGUGUGUCGCUUGCCAGGAGUAGGAAACAUGCGUCAAUGACAAAUCUUGCAACGCCAGAAGUCGCCCCAUUAACUCCCAGAAGAUCAACAAGGGCCUCGUCGAUGGCGAAAGAAUUGUCGGAAAAGGUUCCAUCCAGUAGAAAAAGAAAAAUAUCCGAAACAACACCAGAUGUAAAAACUGUAUCGCCGGAGAAAGCCAAGGAUAGUUUUAUUGAUGACGGCCAGUCAGAAAAAUCCGCCACAAGUAUGAGUGGUCGCCACAGCAGACGUCGCCGUCUUUCCAUAUCUAAGCCAACACUUGAACCGUCGAUAUCUGAGGAGUCAAUAACUGGAGUGGCACCAACGGAAUCAUCGCCCUCUACAAGUAAAGUUGAAGAGGAAUCUUUCGUUGAUUACUCAACCAACAGACGACUUACGCGAUAUCAAUCAGCAAUUGUAGAAAAAUCUCUCACCAUGGUUCGGAAAAUGAGUUCGGUUCAGAAAGAUUCCGAUCACAAUGUUUCCCAUGAGGACCAUGACAGUGAACCAGAGUCUGUUGCAUCGGUUAAUAGCGAUACGUCGAAACGUUCGACGCGUUCGAAGGGUAGUCAUCAAUCAAAGAGUAAAUCGCAGAGCAAUAGAGGAAAGGUCAAUGUGGACAACAUUGCGGGACGAUCCUCGAGAUCAUCAAUUUCGAAAAAAAAUAACAGUGAUGCGGAAUCAGUGGAUAACGAAAGCCCACAGAAAAAGCCCACAUUGGAUGCUAUUUCAGAAGAAGCCGAACCACUUGCCAGCAAGAGUAAGCGAAGAGGUAGACCUAAGAAAAAUCAGGCAGAAUAGUAUUUUCUGCCAGAGUAUUUGGAUCAAUUAUUUGUCGUUUCAAAUGAUUUUUUUGCUUGAAUCGUGAAUUAAAAUUCCCAUAAUAAAAUGUUGUGUUAAUUUUCUAUUUAUGAA